UUGUGUUAUUUUCAUUCUGCGUUUCUGUGGUGUUGAUGUCCCCGUCUAAUUUUCCAGCGACGGGGAAGAUUCGAACAUGGAGGAUGUGGAUCAGCAGCAGUACCGUGACAUUUCCGGAUCCGGGUUGGGUUCAGAGUCCGAAACCCACUACUCAGGCAAGGCCGGUAGGAUCAUGAACCAAGGAUUAACACUGGGGAAGAAGAUUUUGGUCACUGGAUUAGUGGCCACUUCAGCGCCAGUGGUUGUCCCUUCAAUUCUGGUCAUUUCGGCUCUUGGAUUCGCUUGUUCUUUGCCUUCCAGCGUUUUCUUAGCAACCUAUCUCUUCACCGAGUCUCUCAUGUCCAAAUUGCUUCCUCUCCAAACCCAUCAUCAGAUUCCUCCUGAAGAACAACAUGAAGGGAUUGAGGAUUCCGGUGACCUGGGGAAGUACCAGAAGAUUUCAGGGGAGGGAAUAAGAAGGCAAACCCUCGAUCCGAUUGAAGACGAAGAAGACGAAAUUGUGGACGAAAAUCAAAAUGGAUAUACAGACGGUGAUGUUGGAGAGUAUAUGAAGGAACACAGAGAUGAAGAGACAUUAAAUAUGGCCGUGAAGAUGCAUCCGAUUAGUGGUAUUGUGGAUAUAGAGGAGGGAGAUGGGGUCACUCCUGUUGCCGUUGCUGCAGUGCCAAUCGAGGUGAGGAGUGUGGUUGUGGAGGUUUCGGAGGGCCAUGUUGAUGUUGAUGAGAAUGAGGAGCUUGCGAAAGGGACAACCGGGUUGCUUGAAAGUGCUAGGGAUGAAGGCCUCCCUCAGAGUCCAGCUGAAGUGGACAAGAAAACGACCGAAGCUGCUGCAUCUGCCGAAACUGGGAAGCAGACGCAGGACAGUACUGCUGCUGCUCCCUCCGCCACUGCUGCUACCGAGUCCAAUGACGGUAGAAAUGCCAGCCAAAAUGGUUCCACUGAGGUACUUUUGAGCAAUGAGAGGAUAUGGGAACAGAUCAACGCCUUGCGCGUAAUUGUGGGAUAUACAGCUUCCAGGCAACCAACAUUAAUGGAAGAGCUCAGCGCCCUAUAUGUUUUCACUGGAGUUGUGCCGCCUGUUGCAUCAUUCAACGACCCUUAUGAUCUGGUGGAGGUGAACGCGAAGCUCAGGAAUCUCAAGUUGAUUGUUGGAGUGAAAUGAGAAGAGGCAGCAUGCAGAAUAGCAUUGUCAACUGUGUUUAUACUUUUGGGUUUCGCUUUUAAACGUUACCAAACAAUAAUAAAAUGCAUGUAUAACGCAAGUCGCCUUGCUUAGGAAUGCAAGGCGUUAGAUGGCGAUUCCAUUUUGCGCAAACCUUUGGAGAAGCCAUAUUUACCUCGAGCGAAAAUGGAACCUCUACUUGCUGGCUGCUAGGAAGGUCGGUCAUGGGUACCAAAAACUGAAGUUCGGAUGAUCAGUAGAAG